GUUCACUAGCCCUUGCUUUUGCAAGUGUAGUACGAAUCAAACACAUUUCGUGCAUCAACGACACUCUGUGCUCUGUGGCCAGUGGAGCAUCAAAAUGGUGCCGCUUCGGUUUCAACCCUACUGAUCUGAUUCUUUAAAGGAGUGAAAGUCAUGUUUCAUGACUCAUGUAUUGCAUCAGCAAUCGCGAGGCAGCAACAGGUCAACAGCCACCAAGUCUUUAACCUCCGUCGUAUUUGCUUGUACAAACACUGGGUGUUACAGUGGCAACUAUAAAAGUGCUAGUGUGCGUCAGUUUUUCAAAGUAACAAAUACUUCGAGCCAACAACUUUGUUACGAAACAGAUUUAAAAACAAAAUAAAACAAGUAUUCACCAGUCAUUGAUUUGUAUGCAAGGAAAACGCAGGAAAACACUACAACAAGGCAGGCAGCCAUGAAUCUUCAAUGGAUACAAAACCCGAAUGAACGCGUUCGUGAUUUCGUCCGAUACAUAGAACAAAAUUUUGGGAAGAAUCAAAGAUUGAUAGACAAUCGGAGAAAUGUAUUUUACCCUAGGUCAAUAGCAGGAGUAUUAAAAGGCCUUCGACGCGAUCUCUACAUAGAGCUACCUGAUUCCCUUAAGAAUUUAGAGGUAGGCUGGAGGGAAUUUAUUGACAGAGCUGAGGAUACCGAGUGGUUGGUGGAUAUACUCAACGGUAGUUCCUUUAAAUCAAAAUACGAGAUUCAUCGCCGUAUUGGCAAAUAUGGAUUAGUCAAUGAUCGUGAAGAUUUCGUAAUCGUAUAUGUGGACGGCGCGUGCCCUGGGAAUGGUCGACAAAACGCUAAAGGCGGAAUUGGCGUAUGGUUUAACCACGACCAUGAUUGGAAUAUGGCAAAACCGGUGCAACGAUCAAAUGAAGGUACUCCACCAACCAAUCAAAUUGCGGAGAUUGAAGCGGCUAUCGCGGCCUUGCAAAUUGCAAAAAAGAAAGGAAUAAAACGUGUAGCUAUCUACACUGACAGCGACUUCUUAAUAAUGUCUAUGGACAAAUAUAUAUUUAAGUGGCUAAGGAAUGACUGGCUUAAAGUUAAUGGCGACACGGUGGUGCAUAGGCAAAGAUUCAGAAAGUUACUUCGCUUAAUGGAAGAUUUAACAGUUAAAUGGGUCUUCGUGAGGGCUCAUCAAGGUGAGGAGGGAAACGAUGAGGCCGACCGUUUAGCCAAGCUUGGUGCGGAUUAUUAUUGAAGGAAAAAAUAAAAAUCAAGUGGUUUUGGAGUUGAUAAUUAUCUAAUGACAUUGCCAAAAGUCCUAUUAUUAUUCUUUUCCUGUCGUUUUUUAACCUUUUCUUAUUACUUACACCAAAUGGUUGAUCUGUUCGAUUUGCUGAAAUCAUUUUGCUAUCGUAAUAAAUGACAGACGUAGACCUA